GCGUGUGCGUGUGGGGGGUGGGGGACCAAGUCAAUAAGUGCAUGUGGCGCCAAGUGUAGGUGUGUGCGUGUCGCUGGGAUCAUGUGCCCCGUCCAUGCCCGGUCGCCUGCCUCCAACUCUUAGUCUGCGUCUGUGCUAGUGUCCAAGGAAGGUGGGGGUUCGGUGUGAGCGUGUCUAAAGUGCGACUGUGGGCGUUUGCGGGGGUAACUCGUGCCGGGUGCCGUCUUCGUGUGGGACCCGUGUGCACGGGCGUGUGGCUGUGGGGCCAGCGGUCACCGUUUGCGUGUGCGUGGCCGAGCCCCCUCCCUCACCUUCCUUUCAUUUUGAGCUUGGAGCGUUCCUCCCGCCCGAGGCUGGUCGGCGGCUGAGCUCCGCUGGGGCCGCUGCCGCCUCCGCCCCACCCCGAGCCUCCGCCGCCCGCGAUGGAGGUGGCGCCGGAGCAGCCGCGCUGGAUGGCGCACCCGGCCGUGCUGAACGCUCAGCACCCCGACUCGCACCACCCGGGCCUGGCGCACAACUACAUGGAGCCCGCGCAGCUGCUGCCUCCGGACGAAGUGGACGUCUUUUUCAACCACCUCGACUCGCAGGGCAACCCCUACUACGCCAACCCGGCCCACGCGCGGGCGCGCGUCUCCUACAGCCCCGCGCACGCACGCCUCACCGGAGGCCAGAUGUGCCGCCCACACUUGUUGCACAGCCCGGGGCUGCCGUGGCUGGACGGGGGUAAAGCAGCCCUCUCGGCUGCCGCAGCGCACCACCACAACCCCUGGACCGUGAGCCCCUUCUCCAAGACCCCGCUGCACCCCUCGGCUGCUGGCGGCCCCGGAGGCCCCCUCUCCGUGUACCCAGGGGCGGGGGGCGGGAGCGGGGGAGGCAGUGGAGGCUCGGUGGCCUCCCUCACCCCCACUGCCGCCCACUCCGGCUCCCACCUUUUCGGCUUCCCACCCACGCCGCCCAAGGAAGUGUCUCCUGACCCCAGCGCCACCGGGGCUGCCUCCCCAGCCUCCUCCUCCGCAGGGGGUAGUGCUGCCCGAGGGGAGGACAAGGAUGGCGUCAAGUACCAAGUCUCCCUGGCCGAGAGCAUGAAGAUGGAAAGCGGCAGCCCCCUGCGCCCAGGCCUGGCUGCCAUGGGCACCCAGCCUGCCACACAUCACCCCAUCCCUACCUACCCCUCCUACGUGCCGGCUGCCACCCACGACUACAGCAGCGGACUCUUCCACCCUGGAGGCUUCCUGGGUGGCCCUGCCUCCAGCUUCACCCCUAAGCAGCGCAGCAAGGCACGCUCCUGCUCAGAGGGCCGGGAGUGUGUCAACUGCGGGGCCACAGCCACUCCCCUCUGGCGGCGAGACGGCACCGGCCACUACCUGUGCAAUGCCUGCGGGCUCUACCACAAGAUGAACGGGCAGAACCGGCCGCUCAUCAAGCCGAAGCGGAGACUGUCUGCUGCUAGGAGAGCUGGCACCUGUUGUGCAAAUUGUCAGACGACAACCACCACCUUAUGGCGCCGAAACGCCAAUGGGGACCCUGUCUGCAAUGCCUGUGGCCUCUACUACAAGCUGCACAAUGUGAAUAGACCACUGACCAUGAAGAAGGAAGGGAUCCAGACUCGGAACCGGAAGAUGUCCAACAAGUCAAAGAAGAACAAGAAGGGGGCGGAGUGCUUCGAGGAGCUGUCCAAGUGUAUGCAGGAGAAGGCCUCCCCCUUUAGCGCCGCCACCCUGGCUGGACAUAUGGCACCUGUUGGCCACCUCCCACCCUUCAGCCACUCGGGACACAUCUUGCCCACCCCAACACCCAUCCACCCCUCCUCCAGCCUCUCCUUUGGCCACCCCCACCCAUCCAGCAUGGUGACCGCCAUGGGCUAGGGACAGCCCUCCACGAAUAGACAGAUGGAUGCAGAGGAAGGUGGCCUGCAGCUCAAGGCUGGGUGCUCCAAGGAUGGGUGAACCAAAACCUUACCUGUCUGCCCUUCCCCAAAGACUGAUGCCUCUCCUGUCAGCCCAGCCCGAGCCCCACGCUGCCCCACCUGUGGGUGCUCUGCUCGGCGGUCGCCGGUCACUAUGAAGAUUCUUACUGGGGCUGAGGGGUGGCCUCAGCCCAGCUGCUACCCAGGUGGGGUUUCCAUCACGGACAAUUGUUGGAGAGCAGAAAGGACAACUUUAUGAAGAGCGGAGGAGGGAGUAGGGGACAAACAAAGGAAACCAUUUUUAGAAGGAAAAAGGAGUAAGCAGAAAUAACUUAUUUCACUCUUGUUUCUCGCAAGGACUGGGAGCGGUCUGAGCUGCCCCAGGUCUUCCUCCGCUUGGCCUGUCAUCCACUUGCCGGGGCUCCGAGGGCAGAUCUGUGAGGGACUUAGCCCACACCUUCUCCUGGGACUUCCGGCUCUGAAAUGCUGAAUCCCAGGCUGGGCCUCGCCAAUCUAGAGGGGUCAUGGCCUACGGGAGGCUGAGCCAGUGCGUGCCCUGCUGAUGGGCCCUGGAGGGCAGAGACAAUCACAGUCCUACAUAGAUUCCCAGGCCAGGGCUGGGUCACAGGAAGGAAACAGCGUUUUCUUGCGAGGGGAAAUGUCUCCCAGCUCGCUCCCCUGGCUCUGAGGCUGAAGCUGGUGUGGUCUGUGUCCCCUUCACAGCCGAGCUACCGCCUGCCUCCUCUGCCAGGUGGGCCCCUGUACAUACAUCCUUUUUCUGCUACCCCCUCGACCCCCUUCCCUCCCACUAUGAGACAAAAGAAAAAAUAUUUUAAAAGACUGCAUAAGCUUAACUCGCUGACGAGUUAGUUGUUUUAUUUUUAAACUCUUUUUGGGUCCAGUCAAACGUACUUUGCCACAGAAGCCUUUCUUAUGGAAAGGAAUAAAACCUACAAAUCAAGGCUGUAGCUUCGCAAUUAUUUUUGGAAAAGUUCUUGGAUCCCAUAGCCCUAGAACGGGGAGCUGGGGGCCAGGGACGGGGCCUUAGCUGCUCUUGGCUUCUCCAGGCUGGUCUGGCAGGUGGCAAAGGCAGGAGCUGGGGGUGAGUCAGGGCCAGGACCUAAGGAGAGGCCAUGAACCUGCUGGGGUCCCAGGAGACCUGGGUUCUGCUCUGCUUUGCUGUGGCUGGCUGGACCCUUCCCAAGGUACAGCUGUACAUAACCCUGCCUGAGCUUAGAUUCUGUAUGGGGUGGUGGUGGGGUGUGGCAGCUGGAGAGGGCCGUGCCCAGGAAGAGGAUUGUGCUGAUGUAGUUGACCAAGUGCAAUAUGGGCCGUUGAUUGCUGCUGGGGGCACCACCACCAGAAGUAACUUAUUUUGGACUAGCAUCCACAUAAGAAGAAUCGGCAGUAUUUUCGGUUUUUAUGUUUCAUUUGGCUUGUUUUAUUUUGGAUUAGUGAACUAAGUUAUUGUUAAUUAUGUACAACAUUUAUAUGUUGUCUGUAAAAAUUAUAUGCUAUCCUUCUAUUCCUUUAAAGUGAAUACUGUUAAUAAUAAAAUACUUUUUGUGAA